AUGACGAAGACGGAUAUGUGCAUCGGAAAAUCAGCCUUUCGGAAGGACGAUGAGCGAGUGAAAAGGGAAGGGCGCAUUUCAAGCUUGUUGGCAAGCAAGACAGGACGUGCUGGCUGGCAGUGGGUCAAGUAUGGUAUCAUCUUUUGCAUCUGGUGUCUUGGCACAGCGGAACGUGCAUGUGCGCUGUCGCUGGAUCCGAGGGACAUGGCGACGGCAAGCGCCAUGAGGAGAAGAAUGGGCUACGAAGCAGGGUUCACCUUAACAUUGGGGUUUGUGAAUCGCGGAGGGUCUGUACGGGAUGGCAAGACAAGUCACUCCAGUCCGAUCUGCUACUUCGUUCAUCGAUCGCCUUCACAGAGCUCGAUGGAAGGGAGGAAUGCCCUAGAGAGGUACAUGGCGAUAAGAAGCAGGUCGCCUUUGAAAGCAGACCGUGAGCGAAGUAUGCGUCAGAACCGCUGCUUGAAGGCGAUUCAUCAAGAGGACUCGAGGUCAGGGGUGGCAAGGAGGGAUGAGAGGAGAGUCAGGAAGCUGAAGAUCAGUGGAUCUGUUUCCGACACGUCCUUGGAUAAGAUUUCGAGGACGAAGUUUUCGAAUAUUUCAGCUCCAACCACCACCACAUAUCAAUCUCUCGUUGCAAUCAAGGAAGCCAUUGACGUCGCUGCUGGAUGGAAGACUCCCGACCUGAGCGGGACUCAGCUCGUGAGGAGGCAGAGGCAGAAGAAUUGGGAUUUGACAGGGGAGCCUUUUCGAAGAGUGACAUCGAAUGAAAUAAGGAAGAAAAAUCUUGAUCCGAUUAAGGAUUUGAAUGUCACCGGAAGCUCAUGGGUAAAAUCUCCCAACCUUGCCAGCCGGAAUUCGUUUUCAAGGGAGUUAGUGGAAAGCAGCUCGGAGGAAUCAUCCACCGAGAUCAAUCACGUCCUUGAUAUUCAGAGAACUCUUCUGAAUUGCGGGCUUUUUGUUAGCACCAUCGCGGGAUGGAAGGAUCAGAACGGGCUGAGUUGGUACACAUCGGUGGGAAUAGGAAUCUGCAUGUACAUCUUUCGGUACAAGGUCGAUGACAUCUUGGACACCCAUGACGUUCACAGUGAAGAUUGGUUCGAGUUGUUUUCAAGACUGCCAGAACCGUCGUUUAAGUCUAUCGCCGAGUAUGGAAAGAUCUACUUGAGCUCGGCCCUUGUGUUUGUAAGCAGCUUGUUCAUAUGGCGAGGGAUAUGGGCGGGGAUAGACGACACCCAGAUCUCAUGGCAGGUCUGCCUGGUGAUUGGCACGAUAUCCUACAUGCUGCUCAGCGUCAUGCAGCUUCAGCUGGAGAGAAGGAGGUUCGACGAAGGAGACACAGGGUCAAGGUCGACUUCACUCUUCACUGAGCGUCAUGGUAUCAUGGGGCGCGUCGACUUCUUCCCCGAAGGUCCCGUCCUCGUUGCUGACCACUCCCCUAUCACUCCCUUAUCCUAA